AGGAAUACGAGAGGUUGAUGUAUACGCGUUUAUAACAUCAGAAUAUUAUAAUCUCUAUUCUCUAUUCUUUUGCUGCAUAAAAUAACUGUUGAGUUUGUGGGGCGUAUGUACAUUCAUAUAUCAUGGUUAAUUAACAAGUCAAUUUAAUUUUGGGUGGUGGCUCACUCACUCGCUACCAAAAUUUCAGUUGUUCAGUUAAAUAGACAACUUUAACUUCAUAGUUUCCUUUUUACUUAAGGGAACCUUAUGUUUUCAUAAUUUCCAUCAAUUCUUUUCGCCGUACUAGGAACUAGGAACUGACAUUGUAGUUGAAGCUGAAUAUUCAAAGAUAAUCAAAUAGUAGCCCAGGAGGCUUAACAAAGGCAAAAUGUCCUUGUUCCAGAGUGAAGAGAUGACCCUGUGCCAACUGUUCUUGCAAUCGGAAGCAGCAUACCACUGUGUUAGCGAACUUGGUGAAUUGGGCCUUGCUCAGUUUAGAGAUCUCAACCCCGAUGUGAAUGCAUUUCAAAGAAAGUUUGUCAAUGAAGUCCGACGAUGCGAUGAAAUGGAGAGAAAGUUGCGGUAUUUGGAGAAAGAAAUUAAAAAGGACGGCAUUCCGAUGCUUGACUUGGGAGAAAAUCCAGAUGCACCACUUCCUAGGGAAAUGAUUGACCUCGAGGCCACGUUUGAGAAAUUGGAAAAUGAAUUACGAGAAGUUAAUCAAAAUGCCGAGGCUUUGAAGAAAAAUUAUCUAGACUUGACAGAAUUGCGACACAUUCUUCGCAAGACGCAAGUGUUCUUUGAUGAGAUGGGCGCAGGAGGAACGGGGUCUCCGGCUCAUCUCGGCCAUUCAGAAGGAUCUCCUGACCAUGACGAACAUACUGGUUUGCUCUCUGAAGAAGGUCAAGGUCGCACUGGCUACCAAACCUCAAAAUUAGGAUUUGUUGCUGGUGUUAUCUUGAGAGAACGUCUUCCUGCAUUUGAGCGCUUACUUUGGAGGACAUGUCGAGGACUUGUAUACCUGCGACAAGCAGAAAUUGAGACACCAUUAGAAGAUCCGUCUUCCGGGGACCAAGUGUACAAGUCAGUCUUUGUCAUCUUCUUUCAAGGAGACCAGUUGAAAACCAGGGUGAAGAAAAUUUGCGAGGGCUUCCGUGCAACUUUAUAUCCUUGUCCUGAAACGCCGGCAGAAAGGAGAGAAAUGAGCAUUGGAGUCAUGACCAGAAUUGAAGAUUUGAACACUGUUCUAAGUCAAACGCAAGAUCAUCGUCAUCGGGUUUUGGUUUCUGCUGCGAAGCAAAUCAAAAAUUGGUUCAUUAAGGCACGCAAAAUCAAGGCCAUUUAUCAUACGCUGAACCUUUUCAACUUGGAUGUGACCGAGAAAUGUUUGAUUUCCGAGUGCUGGAUCCCAGUGGCUGAUAUUGAAAACAUUCAGAUGGCUAUGCGACGAGGAACUGAAAGGACCGGGUCUACAGUUCCCCCCAUUCUUAACCGCAUGCAGACUACUCAAGAUCCACCCACGUAUCAUAGGCUAAACAAAUUUACUCGUGGUUUCCAAAAUCUCGUAGAUGCUUAUGGAAUAGCAUCGUAUAGAGAAGUCAAUCCAGCCCCGUACACAAUCAUCACUUUUCCAUUCUUGUUUGCCAUCAUGUUUGGGGACGCUGGUCAUGCUCUUUUGAUGCUUCUGUUUGGUGCAUGGAUGGUUAUUAAGGAAAGCAGUUUGUUGAAGAUGAAGAGCAAAAAUGAGAUUUGGAACAUUUUCUUUGGCGGACGAUACAUUAUUUUGCUUAUGGGAAUAUUUUCCUUCUACACGGGACUUAUUUACAACGACGUGUUUUCGAAAUCCAUCAACAUAUUCGGAUCGUACUGGUAUGUAAAUCGAACCCAGGCAUAUCUUCAAGAACCUGAUGUUAAGGAAGUUAUGUUGGAUCCGAAAACCUCAUUUUACGAUUAUCCUUAUCCCGUUGGGUUGGAUCCAGUAUGGCAGGUGGCAACAAAUAAAAUUGCGUACUUGAACGGAUACAAGAUGAAGAUCAGUAUCAUUCACGGAGUGGUACACAUGAUAUUUGGAGUCGUCCUUUCUUUGUGGAACCAUGUCUAUUUCCGAAGACCCAUUAAUAUUUUUUGCGAGUUCAUCCCUCAACUCAUUUUCAUGCUCUUUCUCUUCCUCUAUCUCUGCAUUUUGGUCUUCCACAAGUGGAUUUAUUAUGGAGCCAGAAUGGUGGAAGGUCGAUAUAAUGAACAUUGUGCGCCAUCAAUCCUGAUCACCUUCAUCAAUAUGGUACUCUUUAAGGGGGCCGACAAGACGGAACCUCCCUGCAACAACUACAUGUUUACGGGUCAAGAAAUCCUACAGAAAUUUCUAGUGUUGGCUGCUCUGCUCUGCGUACCAUGGAUGCUUUUUAUCAAGCCUUUCAUUCUUCGGUCGCAGCACAACAAAAAAAUGUUGCUGGAAGGGAAAGUGCAUCAGACAGGUGGGGAUGACCUCGAGUCUGGAGAGACCAAUGGAAUUGCGACUGAAGAUACAAAUGCCUCCACAGCACCAGUUCCAGCUACAAACGGAGGACAAACUGCGGCUCCUUCGUCGGCUGGUGGUGGUGCACAUGGUGGUGGACAUGGGCAUGGAGAAGAAGAAUUCGAAUUCUCAGAAAUUUUUAUCCACCAAGCAAUCCACACUAUUGAAUAUGUGCUGGGAUCUGUCAGUCAUACUGCAAGUUACUUGCGUUUGUGGGCCCUGAGUUUAGCUCAUGCUCAACUCUCUGAAGUCCUGUGGUCCAUGGUCCUUCGAAUUGGAUUGGCACAAAAGGCGUGGUGGGGCGGAAUUCUUCUGUGGGCCAUAUUUGGAGCCUGGGCAGUUUUGACUGUAAGCAUUUUGGUACUUAUGGAAGGACUUUCUGCAUUUCUACAUACUCUUCGUCUUCAUUGGGUUGAAUUUCAAAGCAAAUUCUAUACUGGACAAGGAUACCAAUUUACUCCAUUCUCCUUCAAAGACAUGCUCGCUGCAGCGGACGGAUUGGACGCUGCAGAUUAAAUUGAUCAAGUCUACCAAAUCAUGUAGUGAUGAAGGACACCUGUCCCAAUUUCAACUAUCCGAUUUUUGUAAUUGUGUAGUGUUCUGAGUUGUAGUUAACCUUCCAAUGGGCGAGCGGUGUCUCAUUCCACGUCUUAGCAUCUCAGCUCAUUUAGUUUAGUUAAUUAAAUAGUCAUUAUAGUACUUGUUCUUCUGAGAAACAUAUAUUCCAUAGCGUGUCGUUUGUUCUUUGUUGUUAGAUACGAUUUACCAGUCCAAUUGUGUCAUGGCGCUGUCUUCUUUAAAGCCUAUUGGCGAUUUAACAUUCCGUAAUAUGCAUACUUAUUAUUAUACAAUCAAUCUGACGACAUAUCUUGUACCUGCUCCUCCAUUUGAAAGACUUCAUAUUGAACUUGAGCCUAAAAAUAUUUAUCUAAAACUGAAUCUACGAGUUGAACACUACUUAUCCAAAUCGCAAAACCUUUCUCAUUCGAAAUCUCUAAUCUCCUACAAUAUUAUCGUGUGCUUAUCCUGGUGAUAAUAAUCAUUACUCCAUACAGUUCUAUUAAAUGUUACAUUCAUUCCUUUAUUAUACCGUUCUAAAGUUACAACGAUUAUUGUUCGCCUUUUGCAAAUCAAGGAUUGUGAUCAGUCGACCAAAGUGCACUGAAUUCAACAUUGUAUAACUUUACACUCGUGCGACACAACAUUAGUUUUUUCGGUAGCCUAAAUAUUAGUGAAUAAAAGCAACACAUAAAUAUUCAGCUUAA